ACCACGCCCUCCCCGGACCCGGCCAGGUCCAGCGGCGCGGGAGCGGGAGGUCGGAGCGCCGGGGCACCAGGACGGCCCGUGGCCGUCUCUGCACGAUGAGGCCGGCGAGACGCCGCUGGCCACCGCGGAGCCCUACGCGGCUGGAUCUGGGGUGGCUGCCGGCCUGAGCAUUGCAGUGCGAGACCCCUUGGGCGGGCAGCAUGGGCAGCGGCCCUCCCCUGGAGCCCCCGGGAAGACAGCCACUGCCUCUACUGGAAAGCUCUGCCGUGGGUGUCUGGCACGGUCAGGCUGAGUCCUGGGACACCAAUCCCAGGGGCAGCACUGGGUGUCCCCACACGUCCCCACCCUUGGAACCACCUACACCUGAGCCAAGCAAUUCCAUUAAACUUGACUGCUGUACUGCCCGCCUCCCUGGUGACUUCAGACAACCCGAGGGACCCUGUGUGCUCCCUGGCCCUGUCCUGGGUCCCCCACCAUUCACACUGGCCUGCUGGCUGCCAUUCCCAGGUGCCAGGGGCUCUGCUGCAUGUGACACUAAAAGCCACACUUGGUGACUUCAGAGCCCACUAGGGACCCUUCGUCCGGGGCCCGAGUCCCUUUUGGGGAGGUAGUGGGCAUCCCAUAGCUGCUGAGUCCCUGUGGACCUCUGCUUCCAACCUGCCGACAAGUGACCCCAGUAAAAGUCUGCUCACCAUCCCCCAUCAGCACCUGAUGUGCAGGGUUUGUGUGCCGACCUCCGAGGGACCCAGCAGCCCACCUUACUGUCCAGAAGAGUAGGGUGGGGCAGCAAGGGACCAGUCCUAGCGCCCGCAGGGCCGUGACAGGCCCAUGACCCAGGGAUGCUCCCCACCCCAGAUCCACAUCCUGGGAAUCCCGAGUGAGCCCUCUGCACUUCACCCCUAGCUGGAGGGCAGCAAAGCCUCUGCUGGGGUUUCUUGAGCUGAUUUGUAACUUUCCAAGUCAGGCACAGUUGGCACCCCUUGGCACUGCAGGAGCCCCGCUGGGGCUGACUCAGAGGGGCAAGCCUAUGGUCCCCAGCGGCCUACAGGAAAUGGCCCCGGUGGCUCUCGCGAUGCUGCUGCUGCUGCUGUUGCCACAGCCGCUGUCCGGGCCCCUGGCACGUGCGGACGCCUGCCCUGCCGCCUGUCGCUGCUACAGCACCACGGUAGAGUGUGGCGCCCUGCGACUACGUGGGGUCCCACCCGGGAUCCCAGCUGGGACACAGACGCUGUUCCUGCAGGACAACAGCAUCGUGCGCCUGGAACCGGGUGCCCUGGCUCCGCUGGCAGCCCUGCGCCGCCUCUACCUGCACAACAACAGCCUGCACGCCCUUGAGGCAGGCGCCUUCCGCGCACAGCCCCACCUGCUGGAGCUGGCCCUCACCCGGAACCGGCUCCGCGGUCUACGGGGCGGCGCAUUCGCAGGCCUGGCCCAGCUCCGCGUGCUCUACCUGGCCGGCAACCAGCUGACGCGGCUACUGGACUUCACGUUCUUGCACCUGCCGCGGCUGCAGGAGCUCCACCUCCAAGAGAACAGCCUGGAGCUGCUGGAGGAGCAGGCCCUGGAGGGACUCUCCUCUCUGGCCCUCCUCGACCUCAGCAGGAACCAGCUGGGCACCAUUAGCCGGGAGACGCUGCAACCCCUAGCGAGCCUUCAGGUCCUGCGCCUCACAGAGAACCCUUGGCGCUGCGACUGCGCCUUGCACUGGCUGGGCGCCUGGAUCAAGGAGGGUGGCCAGCGGCUGCUGGGUGCCAGGGGCAGGAGGAUCACGUGUGCCGAGCCGCCCCGCCUGGCACUGCAGAGUCUGCUGGACGUGUCGGGCAGCAGCCUCGUGUGCAUCCCGCCCUCCGUGCACGUGGAGCCCCCGGAGCUCACAGCCAACCUGGGGGACGACCUGCGGGUGGCCUGCCGGGCCUCGGGCUACCCGCAGCCCCUGGUCACCUGGCGGAAGGCGCCACUACCGCGCGAGGGCAGGCUGCAGGUUCGGGCCCAGCGGGAGGGCGCGGCGCACGGCCACCCUGAGCCCGCGGUGGCUGACACGGGCAGCGGCAUGCUGUUCCUGAGCAACGUCACGCUGGCGCACGCGGGCCGGUACGAGUGCGAAGCGGCCAACGCCGGCGGCGCCGCCCGCGUGCCCUUCCGCCUGCUGGUCAACGCGUCCCGGGCCAGGCCCACCGCCCCCGUGCCCCUGCCCGCGCACCCGGCCGGUGACGAGCCGCAGCUCGAGCCGGGGAGCCUGGCCUUCCGCGCCCUGGGCCUGGCCACGCAGACGGCCGUGGCGGGGGCCAUCGCGCUCCUGGCGCUCACCGCACUGCUGCUGGCUGCCAUGAUCUGCCGCCGGCGCCGGCGCCGCAAAAAAGGCUGCGUGCCACAAGGCGAGGGCGUGCUGUUCGCCAACGACUACUCGGACGGGCCCUGCACCUCGGCGCAGCUGGAGGAGCUCCAUGGCGAGCGUGGGCAUGCCAUGUUCGUCAUCAACCGCUCUAAGCCGCUGCUCGCUGAGGGCCCGGCCGAGGGAUUGCGCCCAACACCGCACGGAGCCUACGAGAUCCACUGCUGAGCACCACACGGCUUGGCGUCCACCAACAGCCGGCUUGUGGGGGACUGGCCGGCGGCACGCGUGCUCACUCAGUAAAGGUGGAACCCAAACUCA